CGCAGACCAGCCUUGCCCCACCGCACAUGCCCUGACGUGCGCUGCCGCCAGCAUCCUGCCGCACAUCCUGCUGACACUGCCAAUCUGCAUAUUUUUGCCACGGCCCCUGCCUGCCUUCACCCUAUGCUUGCCAUUUUGCCUCCCUCCCACGCCACUCCGCACUGA